GAAUAGCAUAAGGUAUAUAUAAGAAUAGAGGAGGCCUAACAGCGGUUAUUUCUUUCGAAGACUCUGGUGGAGGAAGCAGCAGGCGGAUCACAAUGGGAAAAUGGUCUCUAAACACUGCUCCAUGGCGCCCAACGAGCACGCUGCCAGCACCCCUAUGACGGAGGAGUACGUGCCAUUACAAGAUCCUGGAAAUUCUGGCAACAUCAAACCACAAAUCUUAAGUUCAGAACAGUACUCUCUCCUGCUGGAACCAAAGAAGCAGAAGUAUUACAAGACCAGGGCGAUCUCCAGACAGGUGUUAGCGGCGGCGUUCGCAUCCCUGUCCUCUGUGUCCAUCGGGUUCAUCACGUCCUACUCGUCUCUCACUCUCCAGCAGCUUAGAAAUGACACGUCCAUUGAUUACGUCGACAGCAGAGAUGCGGGAUGGAUAGCCGCCCUGCCAUCCAUCUCGUCCAUCGUGGGGUCCCUGUUUGGAGGCUUUCUGAUGGACGCCGUGGGGCCGCGCAUGACACUCGUGAUGACCGCCCUGCCCUGCCUCUUCUCCUGGGCCUUCAUCGCCUUCUCCAACAGUGUCACCCUCCUGUACAUCGGCCGCCUCAUUACCGGCAUCUUCUUGGGCGUCUUCUCUCCCGUGCCUCAGGUGUACGCGACGGAGAUUGCCGAGCCGCAUAUCCGAGGGCUGAUGGGCACCUUCCCCGAGGCUGCCGUGGCCCUUGGCAGCCUUCUGUGCUACGGCUUCGGCGCGAUAACAGACUGGAGGUGGCUGGCGGUGGUGUCGGCGGUGGUGCCCGGAGUGCCGCUCUUCCUAAGCAUGGUGUUACUACCCGAGUCGCCGCAGUGGCUCGUCAAGAAAGGAAAACUGUCCAACGCCGAAAAGUCCAUACAGUUCUUCAGGUGCCCGACCCACAACGUGAAAGGGGAAGUGGAAGUCAUUCACGCCAACAUUGUAGCGACGGACGGCGCUGAGAUAUCCGUGUGGGACCAACUGCGUCUCUUUAGAAAACCACAAAACUGGAAGCCCGUGCUGAUUGUCUUCCUGGUAUUCAUCUGUGGCCAGUUCAGCGGGUUUGCUGUCGUGACCGCUUACACUGUCGACAUCUUCAACGAGGCGGCUUCGAAUCUGGACGCCAACAACGCCACUGUUAUUGUCGGCGUGGUGAGGUUCGUCUCCACCUUGGUGAGUGCCGCGCUGCUGGACCGUGUUGGCCGCAAGCCGCUGCUCAUCAUCUCGGCCAUCGGCUCCAGUGUUGGCAUGGUCUCCAUCGGCGCCUUCUUCUAUCUCAGGAGUGUGGGCAGCGCUGAGGGCCUGGGACUCCUGCCACUUGCGUCACUGCUCAUCUACGUGUUCUUCAACGAGCUGGGUUACGGCCCCAUCCCCUGGCUGCUGUCCGGCGAGCUCAUCCCCCUGGCCGUUAGGACUAUCGGAAACGGUGUUGCCGUCACCGCUUACUCCCUGGCUGCCUUCAUCAUUAGCCUCACAUUCCCGUACCUCACAGCCCUCAUGUCUACCUAUUUAGUGUUCUGGAUGUACGCAAUCUUCAGUCUCUCUGGUGUUGCCCUAGUCUUCUUACCAGAGACAAGAGGCAAGACGCUGGAGGAAAUUGAAAAGUUCUUUGCGCCAAAGAAUAAAGAGUUCAAAAAGAUUUCUCUCCCUUGAGCUAAGCAUGAUGUUCCGCAACACUACUACCAUAUGAUAUACGUAUAUACCAAAGUGCCUUAAGAAAACGUCUAACUGUCUAUGUUCGUAGAGCUUGCUUAGUCAGUUGUCAAGAGUUUUUUCACCGUCUCGCACUCGCCCGCCACACGACAGCCACUCCGCGUGUAGCAGCUGAAGUGGUCACUGCAGACGGCUUGCAAUAUGACAUAUGCGCAUGUAAUUAAAGCUGAACGGCAUAGAUUUUCAAAAGCAACUUCACGUUCACGAAAUAUUUAAGGUUGUGACGCAGUUGAUAUUCAGACUUCAAGCGUUAUUAGUUUACAAGACACUCUCUGCUUCAAGUCACCUGCUACCCAAUCAUGUGUCCGCAAUUCUGACUCAACAUCACACAGGAUAUCUAGGUUCAUGAAGGAAAGGUUUUCUGUACAAGGCUAGUAAAUAUAAAGGAUGUCUUGGCUUUAAUAUCAUAGUUAUAGCGCUCCCACUUCACGUAGAAAAUACUAAAGCAAACGAAGGAAGUGAAAUUCAUAGAAGACAAUAUAAAUAAGCUUCCAUCCAUUUUGUGACACCGCCCACGAUUUACUUGGGAUAAAAAUGUAUUUGUAACGCGAGCAAUCUUCUGUCACGCGGCUAAACUGCGCUGUUGUCACUAUCUGUUGAGGAAAGUCAGGAUUCAAGAAUCAAGUGGAAUAAAUGACAAACUUCGCCUAGUAACAGAAAACUCAGAAAGACUGAAACAGAGUCGAGACACUGAAAACACACACACACACACACACACACACACACACACACACACACACACACACACACACACACACACACACAGAAUAAAAAAAAAAGAAAAAAAAGUGACGAAAUGGAAGUAAGGAGAGGAAGACAGGACAAUGUGUAACUAUUUUGUAUCUCAAUAAUUUUUACUACAUUUCCGUGCAUGUUGUUACCUAACGUGUUGAUUCCAUGUUAAUUUUUGUAACAUUUUCCGUCUUAUGGGUGUCUGCAUCUCUUUUCCUAGACAUAAAAUGAAGCAGAGGAAGAGUGGGUACAAGACAUUAAGAGUAGGAGAGGAGUCUUCUGUCAGUUUGAUUCAAAUGAUAACUUUUAACCCCUAAAUUGUUAAAUCCCUGAGCCGCAACAAAGAACUAGCAGGAACAAGGGUUAUUUCUCUAUCUAAAUAUACCACAAAAUCUAUUUCUGAUCAAAACCACGUAGAUUUGUGAACACUAAAACCAUCUUGCUUACAAACCACUCAAUGAGGACGGUGUAGUUGCCUCAUUACGACAGUUUCAGCCAGUGCCUUGCUUGUUUGAAGAGAAGAAAGACUAUGCAUUAAUCAAGAGGUGCUAUUAUUAUUUUUUCGUUACAUGGAGGGGAGAUAGAUUUUAAUCCCUUCAGUACCAGGACGCGUUUUCAUAUUAAUUCCGGUUACUAUUUGGUGAUUUUAUACAGCUUCAGAAACAUACAUUAAUCUUUUGACCUCCAUAGUCCCUUCCUAAUACAAAUAAAAUAGUCUAAUCACACUCAAAAGUCAGUAAAAAUGCGUCUCGGUAUUGAAAAGGUUAAACAGAGAAGCUUGACGGCCACUCCGUGAAGGUUUGAAUAGCAAGGGUUCUGGAAUGGUUAGUUGUUUUGGUUUUGGAUCUGUCUUAACUCUCUCUCAAAGGUGUUCAAGUUUUAGGAAGGUGGAAAACAGAGACACGCCCAUGUGGGACACAAGUUGCUCAUUAUUUUAUACAACUUGGUAACAUGAUAUUUAAGUUUUUAGGCUAAAUUAACUGUUGACUAUAAUUUUUAUAUAUGAAAAGAGGAUUUUGCAUUUGUUACUGUUGUAUAUUUUGGCAUUGAGAGUAAAUUAUUUAAGUACA